CAAGAAGGAGAAGAAGGACAAGAAAGAGAAGAAGGACAAGAAGGACAAGUUAGACAAAAAGCGUCCUGCCGAAUCAACAGAAGACACCGAGGCUUCUACUUCCAAGAAAGCAAAGACUACUACCACAGCUGCUAUCCAGAACACUGCCUCUCAAUCCAAGAUCGAUGCCUUCCUCAAGGACUCAGACAUCACCAUCACCGACCCCCGCAACGAAGACCACAAACCCGUCCUGGCCUUCUCCGACAUGGUCCUCGACCCGCGCGUGCUCAAGUUCCUCAACAAGUACCCAGCCCCCACCCCGAUCCAGAGCGCGUCCUGGCCUGCUCUGCUCGCCGGCCGCGACGUCGUCGGUGUAGCCGAGACCGGAUCAGGAAAAACGAUGGCGUUCGCCGUCCCCGCGAUCUCGUACCUGAUCUCCAACAAUCCCGGCAAAAAGACCUCUGUCCUCAUCAUCUCCCCCACGCGCGAGCUCGCGCUCCAGAUCCACGAAAACCUCGACGACCUGGGAAAGUCGGUCGGUAUCAAAUCCGUCUGCGUCUACGGCGGCGUGCCAAAGGACGUGCAGAGACGUGAAUUGAAAGGCGCAAACAUCGUCGUCGCCACACCCGGUCGCUUGAUCGACUUUGUCAACGACGGCGUGAUCGAUCUCGCGGCAAUCACCUACCUCGUUCUCGACGAAGCCGACCGCAUGCUCGAAAAGGGAUUUGAAGACGACAUCAAGCGCGUGAUGAACGCGACCGACGCAAAGAAGCGCAAGACAAUCAUGUUCACCGCCACUUGGCCGCAGUCUGUCCGCGAGCUCGCGUCGCAGUUCCUCAACGACCCCGUCAAGGUCAUGAUUGGCGACCGCGAGUCCGAGCUCAAGGCCAACACGCGCAUCUCGCAGACCGUCGAGGUCAUGGACCCGCGCGACAAAGAGCAGCGUCUCCUGCAAGUCCUGAAGCAGUUCCAGUCCUCAAACAGCAAGAGCGACCGCAUCCUGAUCUUUGCGCUCUACAAGAAAGAAGCCGCCAGGGUCGAGCAGACCUUACAACGCCGCGGCUACAACGUCGCCGCAAUCCACGGCGACCUCUCGCAGAUCCAGCGCCAGACCGCGCUCGAAAACUUCAAAAACGGAUCCUGCCCGCUCCUGCUCGCCACCGACGUCGCCGCCCGCGGCCUCGACAUCCCCGCCGUCAAACUCGUAAUCAACCUGACGUUCCCGCUCACGGCCGAGGACUACGUCCACCGCAUCGGUCGAACUGGGCGCGCGGGACAGACCGGCAAGGCGAUCACCUUCUUUACCGAGCAUGAGAAGCAUCUUUCUGGCGCGCUGAUUAACGUCCUCAGAUCGGCUGACCAGCCUGUUCCGGAAGAGCUCUUGAAGUUUGGUGGACACACAAAGAAGAAAGAGCAUUCGGCCUAUGGUGCUUUCUAUAAGGAUAUAGACCCGAACCAAAAGGCAAAGAAGAUUGUUUUCGAAUAGAUGUUUUAUGAUGUUCUCUUGUUGAUAUUUUGGGCUUAAUGAAUUGUGCAUAACUACCUACAA